AAUGAUAACAGAAUAAUUCUGUGGCAUAUACAUUUUACAUCGAUUUUAACAUACCAAUUAGUAUAAGGUCUAUGGGUUAUAACGAAUUAAUACCAUUUGUAUUUUGUAGAAAUACUGUAUGGGUGGCUGGAGACCUCAACUGCUUGCCGAAUUCAAUUGGCGAAAAAAUAAAAACUAAAAAUUUAUCUACUUUCAUUUAAAGUUUAGUUCAAUUUUUGUGUUGUAUAUUAAUAAUUUAUCGAUAAGCUGAUAUUUGUGAAUUUUUAUCUGAAUGUAAAUUAUUUAUAAUUUCAAAGAUAGAACAUUUAAAAUACCUUCAUUGCAAUAUGUGGAGAAAAAUAUUAACACCAACAUACAAAACACAUAGACAAUUCUCAGAUUUUGUACAACAGUAUAAUGCAAACCAUAUUCCUACUACACCAAUACAGAAAAUGAUGUUAACGGUUGGUUCUGCUGCAGUCUCAUUGCUGGAUCCCCGGAGAGCUGAUAUGAUUGCAACAUUAGGAGAAACUACAGGUACAAUAGCUUUACAACAGAUACGUGACAAAAUGUUAAACAAUCCAGAAGGAAACGAUAUAUUACAGAAUCAACCUCGCAUAAACACUACUACAGUUGAUUUAACUAAGCUUCAGCAUCUUCCAGAAAAUACAUUGGGUUUUGCAUAUUAUACAUUUCUAAAUCACAAUAAAGUUACUCCAGAUUCAAGAGGAAGCGUUCAGUUUAUCGACGAUGUUCAAUUAGCAUAUGUCAUGCAACGAUAUAGAGAAGUACAUGAUUUAAUUCAUACAAUAUUAGGAAUGCCGACCAACAUGCUAGGAGAAGUUACAGUCAAGUGGGUUGAAUCAUUCCAAACAAAAUUACCUAUGACAUUAGGCGGUUCACUAUUUGGUGCAAUACGACUGAAACCCAAGCAAAGAGAGCAAUACGUGAAAUAUUAUUUGCCAUGGGCCAUUCAAACUGGACUUAAUUCCAAUUUUAUGCUAAAUAUAUAUUUUGAAAAAAGAUGGGAACAACCAAUUGAUGAAUUACAAAAGGAAUUAAACAUUAAACCACUAGAAUUAAAUUAAAAAAGAUCAAUACAAAAUAUAAUGUGUCAUGUAUUAUAAUAAAUUAGUUAUUUUAACCACUAGAGUAAACUACUAUAAUAAAAUAUAAUACAUGUAUAAUGUUUAUUAAUAAUAACUGAUUUAUAUCAAAAUGUGAUUUUAAUUGUUUUAAAGUUUAGCAAGGAGUUAAUAUUUUUAUUACAGUCAAUAAAAUAAGUUGCAAUGUGUAAGCCAAUUAAUGUAUUGGUAACUAAUAGUUUGUAUAAAUGGUCAAUGGAGUACAUAUAAGUAGAAAUAGUUUAGAUAUUUGUUACAAUAUUGCAUUAUAAAUACGCAU